GUGACCAACGUUUUCGAAAAAAUAUCCAAUUGACAGUGGAAGCACUGUAUCUUCAUUGGAGCUGGCAUAUUUGACUUUUUGCAAAGGUUGCAUAGAUAUAGUUUCAUUUGCUUUAUUAAUGACGAUCCAACUUAAAACCAAACGUAAUCGCAAGUUACCACGGCGAGAAAUUUUGGAUGCUGAUUUAGUUGCUGCAUCCUCAAAUUCCUCAACUCGAACAAGCCGACUAAAAACCGAUGAGUUAUUGUUCUUGUCAACCACAGCGCCUUCACAACACGAUCGCACCAUUCUAACAGAGUUAUGGGGUCAACAAGAGAAUGCCUCACCAUAUAAUAGUAAAAUGAACAGUUUUAUUAGUACUGAAAAGUCAUUACCUCGAGUUUCUAUCAACAAAAAGACACCCUUUACAAACAAUACGACAGCCACUACAGCAACAGCCACUACAGCUAUUACUACUAUUAUUCAAGACAGAGACCGAAAGCAAGUGCCACAUUUGAAUGAGACCCUAAAGAAACACAGUAUGAAUGACAUCAAAAGCUAUAAAGAACGCCUUUUAGAGGCAACGACAGUAAAAGACAACAACAAAUGGAUGGCGGAUUUGAGCAAUUUUAUGGUUAUACCACCUAUUUUUGCAAAUAUUGAACAAAAGCCCCAGAGGUCGGCUUCACCGCUAUCUCCAACUAUUCCGAGUGAUGACAGUGUGGAUGAACAUAAGGGAAACGUAAAUAAUGAUAACGAUUGUACAGAUGUUAUAGAUAGCAUUGGUGAAGAAAGAAAGAGAAAGAGCCCCAAACCUGGCACAAUCUUGACAGAAGCAACAACAGAGAGUAAUCAAGGUAAUAUACUAACAGCGGGAGACGAACGAAAAGAAGCAGCGAAAAAUGAAGUUUUCAACGUUGACAGUGUUGCAAAUACUGUUGAACUGACCCAACAGACAUUGGCAAACAAAUUAUCAAGCAAUGAAAAUCCAUUGAUUGAUGAUGAUCAUUCAUUCGGCCUACAAGGAAGAACGAAUUAUAGUGAUAUUUUAGAAGCCACUCAAAUUGAGAAAGAGGCUGAUAUUACCUCAUCGAAUAUUUUGAACGAACAUCUGGCGCAGAAGGAAGAAGCAGAGCAGGAAAUAACUGUAAAAUUACAAGGUUCAGAUAACAGACAAAACGAGAAUGGCGAGUUGAACGACAAUACAUCCAUUACAGACAAACCAGCAGUAGAAGAGUCAAAGGUAGAUUUAUUGCAGCCUACAACAUUAACAAAUACCCAUGCGGUCUUAGCAGAACAAAUAUCAACCACGCAAAAUACCUCAAGUAAAGCCGUUCAAAUGGAGGUGCCUGACAUGGAGACGAUCGAAAGUGAACAGACUAACGUUAACGACAAUAAUGAUAACUUUAUCAUUGCUAAGAAUGAACCUGCAAACAAGCAAACGGAAAGCGACUUUGCUUCAAACACCCCAUCAACCACCUAUAAAGAAGACAACAAUACCAGUGUUGAUACUUCAAGUGUAUCUGUUACUGAUUUAACCGUGACAAAAAGGUUUGCAGAAAAUGAAGAAUGGUCUGAUUCAGAAGUCUUUUACGUGAAAACCGAAACAACUCAAGAGAACAUGGUGAAUGAUAAGCCAGAUGCAAUAAAACUUUGUAAAGUUGAAGCAGCAAUUGUUCAGAUUAAUAUUCCAGAAGAAGCCAAAGCCUUCAUUGGCAGACAAGAAAAGGAAAUAGUGCAGGAAAAGGUUAUGGCAGAAGAUGAAGUUGUGGGAUCGACUGAUUGUAAUACAGAAUCCGGUGCUGUAUUAUUACCAGACGCUCUUAAAGAAGAAGCUUUUAAAACAGAAGACAUGGCAGUUGUCGAAACAGCAGCGGACUCAAUGGACGAAAUCUUUACAGAUACAGAUGAGGAUAUGGGUAGAAAUUUCGAUUUGGAUAUUCAAGACCAUCCAUCGUAUGAUGGUCUUUUACAUACGACAGCUGCGCAACCUAUUGUAAAUAAUGAAUUACGUUCUGCCCAUCCUUCAUUAACAGAUAGCAAUCUGCAACUUGUAAAUAUCACUGCUUCCGAUUCUCUGCUAUAUGAAAACUUCACUGGCAAAAAAGCUGGAGAAGAUGCUUCCUUUAUACCCAAUCCGUGCAACCCUGCAACCACUGCAAUAACUGAUACCCUCUAUUCGCCUUCUUGCUCACCAUCUUCUUCUACAAUUUCAAGUCUAUUCCAAACUAUUAAAGAUGAGACAAGGCUUGGAAUUUACGAUGAAUUUCUUGAAGAUGAUGAUGAGAUUGAUGGCGAUAAGGACUAUCUAUUGGAAAACGACGAAGAUGCUGGGCAGGCCGAGGUGUAUGAUCAAAUUUACGGAAUCAUGCUUCGGGGCCAGCCUUCGUCUAGCAGUGAAAGACGACCGAAUGCAGAGGUUCGUAUGACAACACCGCUAAACAUAAUGAAGAAGUGGGAACCAUACAAAAAGAAGCAUUCUAUUCUCAAAAUUUUAAAAGCGGCGAAUGCAUUGGUUUGGGUUGAAAACGGUCCAGACACUGAUGCAAGAAAAAAAGACAUUGGUUUAGUAAGAAAACGCCAACUUUAUGACAAAUUAGAGCAACCUUACAUUUUAAGAAAACGAAUCAAAAGCAGUUGGAAAAUCGUUCAGCAAGACGUAUGCCUCAGCAAUGUGUAGAGAUUCAUUACUGGUUCUCUCCAAAUUUGCGGUAGCUAUAGAAAUAAAUUUAGCACCUUUUGACUUUGUACUAUGCCGCCUUCGAACCAUUGACAAGGAGUUUUGCAGAGUUGAUCUGUUUCUUGACUUUGCUCAUAAUAACGCUGCUUCCGUUGGUGUCGGCGUUCAAUUUUAAUGGAAUUGGUUACUGAAUUCAAUCAUGUGCAUGAUUCACCGUCGCCUUCUUUCCUUAAAGAAGCUGUAAUUGAAGCAUCGGUGCUGGAUGUGCAAAAGUGCCUUAUAUAGUCUUGGUUAAUAAGCAACAAAGCAAGCCUGCGUAGCCAAAUCAUUUCAGGUUGGCCCAACUUUUACAGUUUUGCUUUGUCGAUUAGCGAAAAUCGUGUAUUGUAAGCCGACUCGGCGAC